AUGAUUGUGUUAACCUCGUCAGCGUCCGCCUCCUUAUCUGUCCAUGCUCAAUGUGAGCUUCGUACGAUAAUCCGUUUUUUUCAUUCGCGUGGCGAGACGCCUGCGGCCAUCCAUCGACAACUUUGUACCUCUUAUGGAUCGACGUCUAUGUCAAUUAAAAAUGUGAGGAAGUGGUACAGAGAAUUUUCAAAUGGGAGGACGAAUAUCCAUGAUAAAGCCAGAAGUGGAAGGCCAUCUGUUUCAGACAAUCUCCAAGAACAAGUUGAGUCUGAACUUCGUGAAGAUCGACGAGUGACUGUUCGAGAACUUGAAGAAAUGUUGCAGAUACCCAAGUCCUCGAUUCACAGAAUCAUAAGUGAUUUGGGAUACCGAAAGUGUAGUGCAAGAUGGUUGCCAAAGAUGCUUACAGAGGAUCACAAACGCCAACGCAUCGAAAGUUCCUGCGAGGUUUUGGAGCUGUACGCUGAAGAAGGAGCUGAACAGGGACCACCAUUAAUUCGGCAUCGUAUUGUGAAACGCUUGAAAAAUUGCGUAAAGCCAUUAAAAACCGACGACCUGGAAUGCUAA